UUUACACGAAAUUCACCGAGAUUAAAUUCGACGCAUUAUUGUACCUUCGGCGCUUCGCGACGCGAGUAGAUAUUUCGCGUGGGAAGCGCAAGUUACGUGUUCGGGAAUAAUCGCAAGUACCUUCGAGUAUCGAUUAUCUCGCCAGCAUACGUCCGCGCUCAUUUAAUGAUUUAACAGCGUUAAUGCACCGAUCUAAUCAAGUAUCAUCAUCGCGAUGAAGCGUGUCGUCUGCACGCCAGACGCGACUUCCAACAUGGAAAGCAUAAUAGUUAGCGCAUAGAAUUGCGAGGGUUACGAUCAUGGUUGACACUAUACAAAAGGCUUUGUGUCCCCUUCAAAUACCUUCCUUUUUGUUCGGCCUUGGGAUACUCAGAUGUCCCUUCAAUCAUCCGAGACGUCGCUUGAGUGUCUUGUAUAUGUUUACUGUAUGGUUUAUUUAUAGCUACUUCUCUUCUCAAGUUAUGAUUACUUUCCUAAGAGGCCCUUAUACAGUUAAUUCCUUGAGUUAUUUUAUGGUGACAGUGAAUAUGUUUACAACAUUCGUGUCUGUAGUUAUCAUCAUUUGUGCGCACGAGGUACAUCUUUCUCUGUAAAAAAUACUACAUUAUCGCUACAGAUGACGCACGGUGUAUCCUGCAAGUCGUUGUUUUCUAAUUAGGAAAAAACAUUCAUGAGCAGAAUUUCGAGAUGUGUAUCAAAAAGAUCGCUCUCGUGGACGAUACACUAGAAGAGCUCGGAACUCCUAAGGAAUAUGACAAAAUGCGUGAUUCGGCGAUAUGGCUGUUGUUUGUGUGGCUCGGGACGGUGUGCGUGUCAAUCACUUGCGAUGCUUUAUGGUGCGUUGAGAUGUUUCGUGAUAUUUCGGCCAUAGUCAUGCCUUUUGCGUUAGAUUAUACUGUCCACAUCAACACCUUCACAGAUAUGACGUUUAUGUUACUCAUGAGGUAAAUCUUUUCUUCUCCGUCUAAUCUCGUUGAGAUAAAUUUGGAAAAGCCGUUUCACUCAAGUCAAUUUUAAACAUUUUUUCAUGAUCGCACAGUUAUAUCGGGACCAGACUGGAUAAGAUAAACGACCACAUUUUACAACUGUCAGAGAAUGACGAGUGCGGGCUGAGAUGCACGUGGAGAAAGUCUAUCGCUAUCACUCGCUGCUACCUUGAUAACGCAAGAUAUCGCAAACGUGUGUUAUGGAGCACAAUGUAAAUUGAUAUUCGCCAAGGUGACACAGAAAAAUCGAAUAAGAUAUUUUGCGAGAACAACGAGGAAUAUUGCGAACCGAUUGCAUCAAUAUUAUCUCUUAAAACUAGUGUGUCGUCCUGCAACUCAUCCCUCGAAUAUUAAAAGACACGUCGCGGGCAUACAAUGACAUACUGUGACUUAGAGAGAAGAAUAUUGAUAUUCUAAUAUUUCCGACUUAUUCGAUGCGCGCGUGCUACUAGUCGACUACUAAUGCAAAUGUCUUUUCAGGCAUCUUCAUUCGGAGCUUUGCCGGAUAGCUCGCAGCAUAAAUUACUUGUUUGGACUUCAAAUAACUCUACAGAUGAUGAGCUAUUUCGUCCUUUUUACCGGGCUGAUUUAUAUACAAUACAAUUCGAUAAUAUGUCUGAAGCAUAUUAACAAUAUAAUAAAAGUAAAAUUUUUUAGUUCCACCUGCACAUGGUUAACUAUAUUCACAGUAAAACUCAUAGCAAUGAACCAUGUCUGCGAGAGCGUCAACAUCAAGGCACGGAAGACUAAAGAAGUUAUACAUAAAUUAACGAAUCUUAUUUAUUUUACGGAGGAGCGCAAUGAGGUGAGAUAUAAAAGCAUAAGUUUUCUAUUUAUCAAAUGACUCUUAUUAAUCUUGCAUCCCAAUAUCUUUAAUUUAUCUGUAAUGAUCUCAAUGUCAAUAAAUAUUGAUCGCGUUAUAUAUAAUGCAGAUUUACCAAUUCAUUCUGCAAUUAACGCUCCGGCCAUUGAAGAUUAGUGGAAUACACCUGUUUUAUUUCGGCUAUAACUUCAUGUAUAAGGUAAUUAAUAUCAUCCGCAGAGAAUUUAUAAAUUUGCAGACCAACAAACAACGAGACUUCGGGCAAUAACAUUUGUAUCCGACAUUUGAUUUCAGUUCUUUGUCAAGAUUCUCACUUUCAUUAUCAUAAUGUUGCAAAUGAAUUCCAAAACUAUACUUAUAUAUCAUCUUUACGAAAAUAACACUACAUCGUGCAGCAUGUAGAUCAUCGAAGAUCAGAAGACGCUCGGACUAGCCAAUCAACGGGGAUACGCAGUUGUAAAAAUGUAAAAGUUCCCAUCACCUUAAUCUCAUUAUUUGACAUUUGCUUUGUUGGCCUUUUCGUAUCAUUCAUAUAACGACUAUUUAUCGUUAUUCAUUAAUGUGCGGAAAUUGAUUUUAAUUAUGUACAAGUUACACACGUGUAUACCUUCUGUUAAAUAAAAGUCCAUUCAGCAUUCAUAAAUCACGUUCUAAUUGAUUGAAGCGGGUGAUUGCGAUAUCCGAUUCUUAUUUGCCGAUUAAACCUGUAUUAGUUUUCUGUUUCUCUCUCUCUCUCUCUCUCUCUCUGUCUCUCUGUGUCUCUGUUUCUCUCUCUUUUUCUUGCGACAGUCUCUAAAUCAUUCCUUUUUAUCGCUCUCUACAUUGCUCACUAGCACUACUUGCUAACUUGCUCUGCACUACUAAUGUCUUUCUUUAACGUUCACGAUAUUGCAUAUGCGCGACAUCUUGACACUGUCCGUGAUCCACGAGCUGAUUAUCUCGCGUGCUUUCUCGUAAUAUUCGAUCAAUUCGCGUGGCGGAAUGGUUUCGAUCGCGGUGAUAUUAAAUGAUGCAUAGCACUAAUGUAAUGAUCCAACCGCGAUGUUAUUCUAUUACUCUGAUAAACGAACGACGUAUCGAUGCGGACGAGUUCGAGCUGUCGCGCUGUCAGUCGGUGGCAGAAAUCGCAAGAGCGAUGACCACCACCAUACGACAGGCACUACAUCCUUUACUCGUCACCUACUCCCUUAUUGGUUUGGGUAUCUAUAUCCGCGAGAAACCGAGACGGCUUCUAAAUAUUUUGUACAUCCUAACGGCAUGGAGCGCCUACAGUUGCCUCUUCUGUUAUUCGGUGAUCACAUUUAAAGUGGAACAUUGGUUUCUAACAGUUUCUGCCAUAAUCAAUACGGGGUUUAACAUCAUCAUCACCGUCACGUCCGUUGUCAUGGUGGUACGCUGCAACGAGAAAUUCAGGAUAUGUAUGAAAAGGCUCACUGCUGUAGACGAUACGUUGGAAGAGCUGGGCACUCCGAAAACGUAUCAAAAGCUGCAAACGCGAGUAAAAGGAGUGAUAGUCACAUGGGUCGCAUACUGUCUCAUUAUAAAUAUAAACGACAUGGUAUGGUGCCUUUUCAUAGAAAACGAUCACAGGAAGUUGAUUCUGCCGUAUAUUAUAAAUCACUAUCGUCACGUCAACACGUUUGUGGAUUUGUCGUUUAUACUUCUCGUAUGGUACGUCGGCACCAAAUUCGACGAGGUGAACGAGCACGUAAGGUGUCUGCUUGUGAAAGAGGAAUAUGGAUUGAGACGCGCAUGGACGAACGCUGCACCGAGCACUCAUCGAUAUAUCAUGUGUACUGACAAUUACAAGCACGUGUUGUGGACCUCAAUGCAUCUGCACUUAGAAUUGAAUCAAAUCGCGCGCGAAUUAAACGCAAUGUAUGGGAUACCGGUAACUUUGGAAAUGGCAGCCUAUUUGAUAUUAAUAACAGCAAUAAGUUAUUAUCUUUAUAUGAAUAUAAUGACGAUGGAUUACACAAACGGCAUACGAGUUUUCUUCGACGCUGAAAUGUGGGCACUUCCAUGUGUGAUUAAGAUCUUUUACUUGAAUUACAUCUGUGAGACUGUCAGUGUUAAGGCCAACAAAGUUAAAGAGUCAAUCCAUCAAUUAACCGAUGUUAAUCUGUACGCUGAUAUUCGCGACGAGAUUUAUCAAUUUACAUUGCAACUGAUACAUCAUCCAUUGAAGUUCAUGGGAAUGGGUUUCUUCCGUUUCGGCUACGGUUUUCUGCGAAAAUUUUUUCUGACAAUCAUCGCAUUCGUAGUCAUCGUAGUGCAAAUGAGUUCUACUAAAGUUGGGCCUAUCGUCAUUGGGUUUUGAAGCGGAAUAAACACAACGACUUACAACAACAAACUCAAUAAACGAAACAUCACAUAAUGCGUGAAAAACCGCCAUACACACUCUUGUAAGAUAAAAA